UGAAGAAUGUCUCUUGGACCUGGUUCUGGUUCUGGUUCUGGUUCUGAGACGAGAAAGAAAGGCUAUAAGACUGCAAUUGUGGCGGAAGAGGGUAGGAGAAGGAGGGAAGAGGACCUCAUCGGCAUCAGAAAAAAUAAACGUCGAGACGCUCUCCUCAACAAACGAAGGGUGACUCAUGCUGUCCCUUCCUACGAUACGCUUUUGGAAUUGGAAGCUAUUCCCGUGAUGUUACAACGUCUAUGUUCUCAGUACCCUGACUCACAAUUGGAGAUAACUUCUCACUUAAAUACUCUGUUAGCACUUGUUGAUCAACGCCCUCCUAUUGAUAAGAUCCUUACGGAAGGUAUUCUCCCUCUCUUUGUGGAGUUAUUGUCAAGGCACGAUGCACCCCAAUUGCAGUUUGAAGCUCUAUCGGUUCUAACAAAUUUAGCUUCCGGAACAUCUGAAUACAAAAGAGUUAUUGUUGAACUUGGUGUUGUUCCCACCUUGGUGAAUCUUCUCAGCAGCUCUAGUAGCAAUAAUGAUAUCAGAGAAGAGACAAUAUGCGCUUUAGGGAACAUUGCUGGUGAUUCCCCAAGCUAUAGGGAUUUUGUUCUUAGCCAUGGCGCUCUAUCGCCAUUAUUAUCUCAGUUGGAACCAGAGUCAUUACUUCAGUUGGAACCACAUUCAGCAUGGGCUAUGUUGAGGCUUGCUACGUGGUGUUUAUCUAUCUUGGUCUGUGGAUACCCUCCGGUAAAUUUUGAACAGGUGAAGUCUGCCUUGCCUGUCCUUCGGCGACUCAUCCACUCGACCGAUGAAGAGGUUGUAGCAGAUGCAUGCUGGGCUCUCUCUUACCUUUCAGAUGUCCCAAUUAACAAUAUUCAAGAUAUUAUUGAAGCAGGAGUUUGCCCAAAACUCGUGGAGCUUCUGCUGUAUCCAUCAGAUGCAGUUAUUGAACCUGCACUUAGGACUCUAAGAAAUAUUGUUUAUGGUGAUGAUGCUCAGACUCAGCAUGUAAUUGAUAGCCAACUGCUCCCGUGUCUUCACCAACUUCUUACACAAGAACACAAAAAAAACAUCAUUAAAGAAGCUUGUUGGACAAUCUCAAAUAUCGCAGCUGGGAAUAGAGCUCAGAUACAGGCCGUCAUUGAUGCCAAUAUUAUUCCUCCUCUUGUUGGUUUUCUUCUUCGUGCUGAGUUUGACAUCAAGGAGGACGUUGCCUGGGCGAUCUUCAAUGUCACUUCUAGAGGAUCUCAUGACAAUAUCAGGUACCUUGCAGCUCAAGGUUGCAUUAAGGCACUAUGUGAUCUGUUAAGCUAUCCAGACCCAAUGAUUAAUUCAAUUUGUCUGGAGGGGCUGGAGAACAUUUUAAGUGUUGGAAAAGCUGACAAGGAAAUGGGACUGCAUGGUAAAGGCAAUAUUUUUGCUCUAAGGGUUGAUGAAUGUGAAGGAUGGGAUAAGAUUGAAAAUUUGCUGACUCAUCAGAACAAUCAGAUUUCUGAGAGAGCUGCGAUGAUUGUGGAUAAAUUUUGGCGAGAGAAUGAUUUGGAAGAUAUGAAUGUUGACAAGAAUGAUGGGGAUGGUAGUGAGCAAGAUUUAUCUUUUGAUUUUUAAUU